UUUCCACAUUUUUUAUUUGAUUAUCCUUCCCUUGCAUCUAACAGGAUCCUUCUUUUUAAUUUCCUAGCAACCCGUGGUAUACCUAAUCCUGAUCCUAUUAAUAUCCUUAAUUCCCAUUCAGUUCCAAUUAUCUCCAAUAUAUUUUUUUUUUCUGAGCGCUGGUUGAAUUUAGUUCAUUUUUAAUUUUGUAAAUACAUUUUUUUUAGGCUGGCCACAAGUUAGAAUCCGGACAUAAUUGGACUAAGAAGACGGUCCUGACAAUAAUGGAGAGACAGGAUCAUAGAAGGAGAAGAAAAAGAGGCAUUUUUUUUAUAAAGUGGUUACGAUUGAUUCUUAUUCAGAAAAUGGUACCGUAGCUGUGAGACACAAUUAUCAAGGUUUUGCUGAAGGAUUUGCAACUCUUAAGAAAAUAUUAAGUUUUAAAAUGGUUCUGAUAACAGCUUUAAAAGUUAUAAGCAAGCCAUUUAAGGUUUGCAAUGAUAGACCUGUAAUUGAUAACUAUCUGUUUCAAUGUCAUUACAAACUAACAACCAAUGUCUUGUUUACAUUCUGUAUAUUAGUUACAGCGAACAGCUUAAUAGGUGAGCCAAUAGAAUGUAUAUCAACAUUUUCGAAAAAGCCUGACAUUCAAAAAGCUAUAAAUAAGUACUGUUGGGUAUCAAGUACUUUUACAGUUGUUAGACCAGAGGAUACAGUACGAUUUGACCCACUUCAUAGCGUUGGACAAGUUGAUAAGAAAUGCAUUCGACGUCAUUCGUACUACCAAUGGGUGCCGUUUAUGUUGUUUUUACAAGCCAUAGCGUUUUACGUGCCACAUUGGUUAUGGAAAAUAUGGGAAGGAGGAAAAAUUCGUAUGAUAACAGAAGGGAUGCGUGGUCACCACAUGGAUACCGUUGCUGAUAGGAAAACGAAAAUUAAUAGAUUGGUUCAGUAUUGCUUGUACAGUCGUCACACACACAAUACCUACGCGUAUAGGUACUUUUUAUGUGAAGUGUUCAACAUGGUCAUUAUUUUCGGAAAUAUCUACAUUACCAAUACGUUUUUAGGGGGUACAUUUCUCACAUAUGGACUUGAAAUACUGAAGUAUAAUCAGGGUCAUGACAUUCAUUCAGUUGAUAAUAGUCCAAUGGAAAAUGUUUUUCCUAAAAUUACAAAGUGCGUUUUCUACAAGUAUGGACCAUCUGGCAGCAUUCAAAACAAUGACGCCCUGUGUAUUCUUUCUCAAAAUAACCUCAACGAAAAAAUAUACUUAUUCUUGUGGUUUUGGUUUAUAGUUAUAGCAAUUUUAUCGAAUUUAGCAUUGUUAUAUAGAUUUGCAUACAUAACACUUUCGGUUAUAAAAAGAAAUCAACUAGUUAAAAUGCUGAAGUUUACAAACAAUAAAUACGAAUUGACAGAUCUUAUUAAAAAAUUACAAAUUGGCGAUUUCCUUCUUCUAUAUUUUAUUGGAAAAAAUAUCCACUUUAUGAAUUUUAAAAUACUCGUGGAAGAAUUAAGCGCACAGGUAAAAUUAAAUACUCUGACAGCUCUUCCGAGCUUAAAGGAAGAAAACUCAUCUAAAAACAUGAAUUUAAUAUCUAUUUAACAGUUUAGUACAAAAUUAUUAGUAUUAAAACGACAAGGACUGACUAAUAUAAUGGUAGACGGUUGUGUUUUUGUAUUAAUUUAUAUAUUUUAUAUACAA